GCAGAGCCCGCCACGCUGCAUCUGAUUCACUCUGCUCCGAGAGCCGGGCCCGGCCCUACCCCCCGCCCAGCCCUCCGGAUUACUAUUCAUAGAGCGCUCGCCGGGUCAGCCCGGGCUGCGCCCUGUGUUGCGUGUCUUGCCCCCACGCCAGAUCUUCGCCUCUCAGCAUCUUGCAAGGCAGACACCAUUAUGCCCAUUUUACAGAGCGCCCAGACGACGGCGGGAUGACGGCUGGGAGCCCCGGAGACUGCGGGGAGGUGCGGAGGAGCCCCGAGGGCCGCGUCUCUCGCCUGGGCCGCCGCCUGGGCCGCCGCAGGCGCCCGCGCUCCCCGCCCGAGCCUCUGCGGGUGCGGGCGCGACUCCGGCUGCGCUCGCCGUCGGGGGCGUUCGCGGCGCUGGGCGCGCUCGUGGUCCUGGUGGGCAUGGGCAUCGCGGUGGCCGGCUACUGGCCGCAUCGCGCCGGGGCCCCAGGGCCCAGGGCUGCCAAUGCCAGCGCGCCCCCGCUGAGCGAGCAGCGGCGCGAGGGUCGCGGCGCCGGCCGGGCCCACGGCCCGCACGAGCGGCUGCGGCUCCUGGGGCCGGUGGUCAUGGGCGUUGGCCUCUUCGUGUUCAUCUGCGCCAACACGCUGCUCUACGAGAACCGCGACUUGGAGACGCGACGGCUUCGCCAGGGGGUGCUGCGGGCUCAGGCGCUCCGGCCCCCCGACGGCCCCGCCUGGGACUGCGCCCUCCUCCCCAGCCCCGGCCCCAGGACUCCCCGAGCCAUAGGCUGCGCAGAGCCAGAAAGUUGGGAUCUGUCCCCGCGUCGGGGUACCUCACCCGUCCCGUCGGUGCGGAGCCUGCGUUCAGAGCCUGCCAAUCCUCGCCUGGGGUUACCUGCCCUGCUCAGCAGUUACCCGUUGAAGGGCCCGGGGCUGCCCCCGCCCUGGGGUCCACGGACCCAGACUGGCCAUGUGAUUAUCACCGUCCAGCCCUCUGGUUCCUGCAUCGAACAUUCCAAGUCUCUGGAUCUGGGCCUUGGGGACCUCCUGCUUGGGGCCCCAGCAGCUCGGGACUGUGCUCACAGAAGCUGGCCACGGCUGGACCGCCUCAGUCUGGGGGGUUAUGCCAAGUUGGGAGGAGGAGGUGACUUGGGGGCCCGGGUUUGA